AACUCUGAAGGUGGACUCUAUGUGUGCAUGAAUACGUUUUUGGCCUUUGGAAGGGAACAUGUUGAAAGACAUUUUCGAAAAACCGGACAGAGUGUAUACAUGCACCUGAAAAGACACGUGCGAGAGAAGGUAAGAGGGGCAUCUGGUGGAGCUUUACCAAAAAGGAGGAAUUCCAAGAUUUUUUUAGAUCUAGAUACUGAUGAUGAUUUAAAUAGCGACGAUUACGAAUAUGAAGAUGAAGCCAAACUUGUUAUAUUCCCAGACCACUAUGAAAUAGCACUACCAAAUAUUGAGGAGUUACCGGCCCUGGUAACCAUUGCUUGUGAUGCCGUUCUCAGUUCAAAAUCUCCGUACAGGAAGCAGGACCCAGACACGUGGGAAAAUGAAUUGCCAGUAUCUAAAUACGCCAGUAACCUCACCCAGCUGGACAAUGGAGUCAGGAUUCCUCCAAGUGGUUGGAAGUGUGCCAGGUGUGACCUGCGGGAGAACCUCUGGUUGAAUUUGACGGACGGCUCCAUCCUGUGUGGGAAGUGGUUCUUUGACAGUUCUGGGGGCAAUGGGCAUGCGCUGGAGCAUUACAGAGACAUGGGCUACCCUUUGGCUGUGAAGCUGGGAACCAUCACUCCGGAUGGGGCAGAUGUUUAUUCUUUCCAAGAAGAGGAACCUGUGUUGGAUCCUCACUUGGCCAAGCACUUAGCACAUUUUGGAAUUGAUAUGCUUCACAUGCAUGGGACAGAGAACGGGCUCCGGGACAAUGACAUCAAGCCGAGGGUCAGCGAGUGGGAAGUGAUCCAGGAGUCGGGGACAAAGCUAAAGCCCAUGUAUGGCCCCGGGUACACGGGCCUAAAGAACUUGGGCAACAGCUGCUACCUCAGCUCAGUCAUGCAGGCCAUCUUCAGUAUCCCAGAGUUCCAGAGAGCGUAUGUUGGAAAUCUUCCAAGGAUAUUUGACUAUUCGCCUUUAGAUCCAACACAAGAUUUCAACACACAGAUGACUAAGUUAGGACACGGCCUUCUCUCAGGCCAGUAUUCAAAGCCUCCGGUGAAAUCUGAGAUCAUCGAGCAGGUGAUGAAGGAGGAGAACAAGCCUCAACAGAAUGGGAUCUCUCCACGCAUGUUUAAGGCCUUCGUCAGCAAGAGCCACCCGGAGUUCUCCUCCAACAGACAGCAAGAUGCCCAGGAAUUUUUCUUGCAUUUGGUGAAUCUUGUAGAGAGAAAUCGCAUCGGCUCCGAAAACCCAAGUGAUGUUUUCCGGUUUUUGGUGGAAGAACGGAUUCAGUGUUGCCAGACCCGAAAAGUGCGCUACACAGAGAGGGUGGAUUACCUGAUGCAGUUACCUGUGGCCAUGGAGGCAGCAACCAACAAAGAUGAACUGAUUGCCUAUGAACUAACGAGAAGGGAGGCAGAAGCAAACAGAAGACCCCUCCCUGAACUGGUGCGCGCCAAGAUACCAUUCAGUGCCUGCCUUCAGGCCUUUUCGGAACCAGAAAAUGUCGACGAUUUCUGGAGCAGCGCCCUACAGGCAAAGUCCGCGGGUGUGAAAACAUCUCGCUUUGCCUCAUUCCCCGAAUACUUGGUAGUGCAGAUAAAGAAGUUCACUUUUGGUCUUGACUGGGUUCCCAAAAAAUUUGAUGUUUCUAUUGAUAUGCCAGAUCUCCUUGAUAUCAACCAUCUCCGAGCCAGAGGGUUACAGCCGGGAGAGGAGGAACUUCCGGACAUCAGCCCCCCCAUAGUCAUUCCUGAUGACUCAAAAGAUCGUCUGAUGAACCAACUGAUAGACCCCUCGGACAUUGAUGAGUCAUCGGUGAUGCAGCUGGCCGAGAUGGGCUUCCCUCUAGAAGCGUGUCGGAAGGCUGUGUACUUCACUGGCAACAUGGGGGCCGAGGUGGCUUUCAACUGGAUCAUCGUCCACAUGGAAGAGCCUGACUUUGCUGAACCAUUGACCAUGCCUGGCUAUGGAGGAGCAGCAUCUGCUGGAGCCUCUGUAUUUGGUGCUACUGGAUUGGAUAACCAGCCUCCAGAGGAGAUUGUAGCUAUCAUUACUUCCAUGGGAUUCCAGAGAAAUCAGGCUGUGCAGGCACUGCGAGCAACGAACCAUAACUUGGAAAGAGCACUGGAUUGGAUCUUUAGCCACCCUGAGUUUGAAGAGGACAGCGACUUCGUGAUUGAGAUGGAGAAUAAUGCCAAUGCCAACAUUAUUUCGGAGGCCAAGCCUGAAGGACCUAGAGUCAAGGAUGGAUCUGGAACAUAUGAACUGUUUGCAUUUAUCAGUCACAUGGGAACAUCUACAAUGAGUGGCCAUUAUGUAUGCCAUAUCAAAAAAGAAGGAAGAUGGGUGAUCUACAACGACCACAAAGUCUGUGCCUCAGAACGGCCUCCUAAAGACCUGGGAUACAUGUACUUUUACCGCAGGAUACCAAGCUAAACCUCAGACAUACAAGUUGGCAAGAAGAAGCCAUAUGCCUUUUUAAUUUGCCAAAAAAAAAAAGAAAAAAAUGAAAAUGAAAAAGAAAAAUGUUGGGACAGCCAGAUAUGAAGAAGUACAUUGGGUAUUUAUAGUUUAUUUAAAGAGCACGAUCAUUGGACACCUGAAAAAGAACUGGGAAGAAAUUUCUAUUGGUGAUGAUACUCUAUUGUAGAUAGUUUUAUAAAUGUCCAAGGAGAGGGUGAUAUAAAUGAAGCUAUCCGUAUUGCUGGUGUGGCAUCUGCCACCAGCAUAUCAAAAAUGGAGACAUGCCCCCCAGCCCUCUGUUGUACUUUGGGGGUCAGUAGUAGUGGCCUCCAGAGAACUCAAUCAAUGUGGCCAGUAGUGUGGCCUCAACUACAGUAAACAAAAGCCCACUUCUGUUUCAUAUGGAAAAUCAGCAGCCAAGCUGGGCUUUAUUUGUGGCAUAGUUUUUUUUUUCAUUAUGCACAAUAAUUUCGGGCCUAUUCAUGUAUAAUAGAACAUCUGUAAUGAAAGCUAUUUUUAAUUUAAAUCAUAUCAAAAUUCAUAAUACAGCUGUGUGAAUGUGUGUGAGAGUGAGUGAGAGUGUGUGACCUUGAUAGUCCACUAGAAAAUCUGUGAUGGGUUGGUUUUUAAAGGCUAAAUAGUUGGUAUUAAGCAGACCUGGAAAAGGCAAGUAAGUAUUUUAACAAAACUAUAACUCAGGAACAGUUUUAAAAAAAUUAGUUCCCCACUUGGAUUUUAAGGAGUGGAAAGGGCCGAGUUGUCCUGUGUAAGUGCUGUCAAAAAUGUACCUGGGUUUGGACAUUUGGUGGUCGAACACCAGAUGCCCACUGCAGUGUAGUAUUGUACUUUCCCAGAGGUAGAUGGACUCUCUCAACAGCCCAUCCUUAAAAGACUCGGUGGUUAUGUUUAGUUAGAACAGCAACCUCGUAUUAUGACAUGGGAUAGCUCCCUGGAGUCCCAUUAAAUGCCCCACAUUUGUUUCUCAUUUUCUCAUCUCUGAGCUCUUCGCCAGUCUCUGUGUCCAUGUUUUUCUGGACCCAGUUGCAUCUCUUGCCUUUUUUGUUUUAUCACCUCCUGACUUGCCCUUGGUGCUUAUUUUCUAUCACCAACACCGUGGUCUUUUAUCUUUAGUUUUAUCUUCUUAACCUGAUUAAUAAAAUUGUUGCAAAAAAAAUAAAUUGGGCACUUUAAGGGUUUCUGAUGCAAAGAAACUUCAUGGGGUGUCUUGAAAGGCCAUCCUUUUCCUUUUGGUUGUUUCAGUGUUUGAGUUGUAAGGUGGAAUUAGAUCAGUUUCAGAUGUGAUACAAAGUGGAAUGGCAGCAUUUACACCAGAUUCCAGUCCCUGGACUUUCUGCUUCAGAUAAUUCAGUCAAAUGAAAAAGACUUUAUUGCUGUCUGCCUAACAAAAAACUGUGAGGAAGUAGAGCAGAACUGAUUGAAUGAAAAGAAUUAGGAUGUAGUAAGUUCAGGACCAUCAGGAUUCUGUUGUGAUGGCCCCUGUCUCACAGGAAAUCACGUAUGCCAUGUAAGCGAGGGACAAGGAGCAGAGCCCAAGGCCGGUGGCCUGGAGACCUGGGUGCUGCCACUCGCUGGCUGUGGACCUUGGGCAAGUCCCUCAUGCCCUCAUCCGCACAAUGGUGUGAUAACACCUGCCCUUUCUUUCCCGCCGUGCUCUGAGGCCGUGGCGAGGUCUGACAGCAUGAGCCCUUACAGAGCAGAAGGUGGGUGCCAGGGUGGGUCCCAGUAGAGUCUGCUCCCUGCCUUUUCUCAUCUGAAGUUUUCUUCAAUCUGGGAACAGGUGACAUUGGCAGAAGGAGGGAGCUCAUGGUGCAGAAACUCUACUAUGCUAUGCCCACUCGUGUCGCCUUCUAGUGUUGACUUAAAUCCCAGAACAGUCCUACUCUGUUGUCCAAGUCCCAGCUCCCAUGGAAAUCCCCACGCUAAGCAGCCUUACAAAUCCAGUCCUCUUAGGGCUGAGUAUCGAUCGGAGAGUACUGAUUCCAAACAUGCAUCAAAAACGGCUUGUUUUCAGUGACGUUGCAAAGCCAAGGCCUAUUCUUGGGGCGUGGGUGGGUGGGAGGAUAAUUGGGUGUUUGUGUUGAAAUCUGAACAAAGAUAGCAUGUGUAUUUUGAACAAAAAGAAGAUUUUAUAAUAAAACUUUGCAAAAUCAAUAAAGUAAAAUCCACAUUUAAGAUUAAAGGCUAUACACUAUUUAAUUUCCCUGUGUAGAAAAAAAGGAAUUUAGCCCUUUUGAUGCCUAAACAUAUUGUAAGAAAGAGUACUAUGGCUGCCUUUUUUCUGCCUCAGAAAACAAAGGGCUAUUUCUACAAGGCCAAGUUUUGUAUUUAUGUUACUCUUUAUUUCAGACAGACAGGAAAACUGGAGCAAGCAAUGAGUUUCUUGGGUGAAGAUGUAUUUAUAUGUAUCUCUUAGUAUACACAAAGCAGGUUUCCCUGGAAUAAAAGUGAAAUGUAUUGCUUGGUUUUACACACAUGUGUCGAUGAGACUAUUUGUGAUGGAGAACUGGAAUGAUGUGUGCAUUGUGUCAGCUAAUCAGCCUGUUAGGACUCGUCUGUGAGCCGUGGUGGUAUAAUUGUGAAAUCCUCACUGUCUGUAGGUGUCUGUGUGGCACUUUCUUCCUGUAAAUACCUUUUGAUAUCCGUUUGUGUACAACCCCAAUGAAUGUGUCUUUGGAAAAUGUAAUGUAUGAAAGUUUUAAUUUUGUCAAUUGAUCUAAAUGCCCAAGUAACUAAUCAAAAAUCCUGUUGGGUUCAGAUUUGUAUUUUUCUUUUAAAAGAAAAACAAGUACAUAGAAAAGCUGAUUGGAAAAACUCAUGUUUGAGUGACCCUGACAUCAGUAUUUUGGAGUUGAAUAGCCUCUUGAACCUACAAGAGAAUGUGCCUGCCAUUUCCCUGCCGCUCAUUUUGGGCUCUCUGCAGCUUUUAUUCCCUGUUCCUGCAGCCCCAAGCAAGAGCCCCCGGAUUUGUAGCCUGAUUCUGCCUCAAGUGCGGUAGGGCUGAAUUACUUUACCUCUCUGAGCUCUUUUCUUUAAAAUGAAUGGAUCAGAUGAGCUCAGAAGUCCCUUCCUGCCCUAGCAUCUUGUUCUAUUUUUAUUUUCCUGUGUUUACUACUAGAAUCAGACAUAUGAAAUAUGGGGAUCAUUUUAAGGCUUAGAUGCCAGGUUUUUAGAUUGUUACAGCUUAUACACCUCAGCAUAGGAACUGUCAUUUUUCAUGUCCCCAUCUCAUUUUUAUUCCCUGCUCCAUUUAUCUUUGCUUCAGUCAUCAUGCCAUACUUCUCCACUCUUCAAACUUACCAUUUCCCAGUCCAUGAAGUAGUUUGCUGCUGUUUCCGUCAUAGAUAAAAAUCCACUUCAGAUACUUUCUUGGAAAGCUUCAGCUAAAUCUGUAAAAUUUGUUGACUGUUUGAAAAUUCUGACUUACUCACAGAUAGCUGGGAUCCCCUAGUAAGUGCUGACAGCCUGUCUCUCUCAGCAAGGAUAUCUCUGCCACCAUGGAGACAUCACUGCUGCUAAAUCUCACCGUCAGUCCAAGUGGUGUGCGGAGAGAUUGCUGGGGGUGGGCGCAGGCCGGAGGAUGGGAUUAGAUGAAAAUGUGAUUCUGCCCUUUAGACAGAAAAAUCCUAGGUGACAGAAAAGGAUUCUGUGUAAUCUUGGUGUGUACGAUUGCCUACACAGUGUCAUGGAGAUUUCUUAUUCCGCAAAUUGUCCUAAAAGAGUUUGUGUUAGAUUCUGUAGACCUCUACACCUCAGCGUGAUCAUUAGUAACCACGUGUUGCACAAUGACCACUUGGGAUGUGGCCUUUCCAGACAGAGGGUGCUGUACACAUAAAAUGCACACCGGAUCUUGAAUAUACAUACCAGGAAAUGCAUAUCGGAAAAAAAGGGUAUGCAUAUUUCAUCAAUAAUUUCGAUUGAUUACAAAGAGUAUGUUGGCUAUACUGACUAAAUAGAAUAAUAACUUCAUAAAUAUUAAAAGACAUCUUACACUUUUAAUCUCUUUUGAAUGUCCUACUGAAAAAUUUAAAAUCAGAUGCAUGGCCAUUGUCGUACUUGUAUGAGACAGGGCUGCGCUAGCUUCAGUAAGAGGCAGUGAAAUUCCAUAUGUGGGAAGAUGAUUUCUGCAAAGCAUCCGAAUAGAUGGAAGCAUCGCAGAUAUUUUUGCUGGAGUCAGAUGCCCUGUGAGACACAGAACACCUCCCAUAAAACAGAAGAUUUUUCUGCCUAAAGUCAUAUAUAUUAUAUGUAUCUCCCCAAUGAACAAACAAAAGCAAGUGGGCCCAAACUGCCUCGCUUCAGCUUUGCCUAGGAGUCCCUGCCUUUGUGCUUCACUUUCUAGCAUUUUCCAGGUGCAUUAGCCACACGAGGGUGAUGGGCACGUUGGCCUCGUGGCGGGCAACAUUCUCUUGAGGUCCCCCCUCCCCCAGGUACUGUUUCCUCUCUUCAAAGCCGAGUGUGUUAACUGCUGUGCAAAUCUUGCUGUUCCCCAUGUUCUCUGCCUUGGCAGAGGCUGAGCCUGUGGCCUGUGCCCCCUGCCCAGCCGGUUUUGGUGUUGGUUCCUGAAAGAGUUUGUAUUUAUUUUAUUUUGCACUAGUCACAGUUGUUGUUUAAAUUCUUUCAAAUGUUUUGAGAGAGUAUUUGCCUGUGAUGGAAAGAGAGAUGGAUGAUUUCUUGCUUUGAUUGUUUUAAAUUAAAAGCUAUUCUCACAAUC